GCAGAAACCAGCUCGCUGAGCUGGGACUCACCCCACGUGGGUGGCCCCCGAGCGGCUGCCCUUAACAACCCCCUCGGGGUUCUAACAUUCCCUUCAGUGACGCGCAGAUUGCAGGCUGGAGAAACUUACACCCCGCACCCUCCAGGACGAGCUGGGCGGGCAUGAAACUGAGGUGUUAGCUGGCAAGAGCCCGCCCAGAUGGGCAGCGCCCCGGGCGAGAGGCGGGGCUUGCAGCCGCGGGAAUCCUAAGCCCGCCCCUCUCCCCACCCCUCGGUUUCUCGCCAUGGCCCCUGCACUGUUGCUCGUCCCGGCCGCCCUCGCUUCUUUCAUUCUGGCCUUUGGCACUGGAGUGGAGUUCGUGCGCUUCACCUCCCUUCGGCCUCUUCUUGGAGGGACCCAGGAGUCGGGCGAUCCAGAUUCCCGUCAGGGAUGGCUAGCCGCUCUGCAGGAUCACAGUGUCCUGAGCUCUCUGGCUUGGGAUCUGGGGCUCCUGCUGCUAUUUGUUGGGCAACACAGCCUCAUGGCAACUGAGACAGCGAAGGCAUGGAUAUCCCGGUACUUUGGAGUCCUUCAGAGGUCACUGUAUGUGGCCUGCACUGCCCUGGCCUUACAGUUGGUGAUGCGGUACUGGGACCCUGUACCCAGAGGCCCUGUACUGUGGGAAGCUCGGGGUGAGCCCUGGGCCACCUGGGUGCCCCUCCUCUGCUUUGUGCUCCACGUCAUCUCCUGGCUCCUCAUCUUCAGCAUUCUUCUCGUCUUUGACUACGCUGAGCUCAUGGGCCUCAAACAGGUGUACUACCAUGUGCUAGGGCUGGGUGAGCCUCUGGCACUGAAGUCUCCCCGGGCUCUGAGGCUCUUUUCCCACCUUCGCCACCCAGUGUGUGUGGAACUGCUGACAGUUCUGUGGGUGGUCCCCACCCUGGGCACCGACCGCUUCCUCCUUGCUCUCCUCCUUACCCUCUACCUGGGUCUGGCUCAUGGACUCGACCAGCAAGACCUCAGAUACUUGAAGGCUCAGUUACAAAGAAAACUCCACCUGCUAGCCCGGCCCCAGGAUGGGGAGGCAGAGUGAAGAAUGAACUCUACUUCCAAGCCCCUCAACUUUCCCCCCUCAAAUCAAUUAACAGCAGACAGAGAUUAAACUCCACGGACUUUAGGGGCUGUCCCUGUCACUGCUGAGACUUUCUUCCCUGGAUCCACCCCCAUACCCUGAAUUUAAAGCGACAGCCACUAGACUGGAAGAUCAUUUCUCACCAGCCAAGAAGUGGGUGUGCAGCUCACCUGCCUCCUCACUGUUUAGGAUCUGACCCCCGACUGCCCUUACAAGGAAAAGGGUCUUCCCCGACCACUGCCCUUGUCUCUGUCCCUCAGGGAUCCCCUUCUCCAUCUCCACCUCCACUCCGAGCAUCUGGGUCAGAAUCUGUCAAGUGGCCUGCGGCUAGUGCGACGCCUCUCCACCCCUGCCCUACUCUGUCCAGCGCCUCGGCCCGCCCCAGAGCUCCAACCCCGAGCCUCGGGGAAGGGAUUCUCCCGCUCUUAACUCGGGUGACCUCGGGCUUCCUGCUCUCCGACGAACAUUCGCUGCCGGAAAAUAAAAUUCAGCCUUUUAU